AUGGCUUUGGUAGAAAAAAUGGUGGCAGAAAAGCAGAGCAGAAGAGCUCAGGGCUCAGCUUCAAUUCUGCGAAUCGCCACCGCAAAUCCGCCUAAUGUUUUCUACCAAACUGAUUAUCCUGACUUCUGCCUGGAAUCACUCAAAGUGAUCACAUGGCACAAGUCAAAGAUAAGUUCAAACGCAUUUCUCAAACGUUACUUGUUGUUGCAUGUUGCACGCAACACUCUCCAUCUGGCCAAGGACAUUGUAGAGAACAAUGCAGGCACUCGUGUUCUUAUUGUAAGCUCUGAACUCAUGCUCGUCUGCUUUAACGCACCUUCAGACACCUACUUCGAUGUUUUUGUCGGCUCUGCAAUCUUCAAAGACGGUGUUGUCGGCGUGAUCGUCGGCAUUGAUCUUAACACAACCACCAAGCGUCCACUCUUCCAACUCUUCUCAGCCUCUCAAGACCUCAUCCUGGACUGA